CGCGGGGAGACUGCAUUAUCUCAGGAUGUCUCAUGAUGCGGAAUCUGAAUCUGAUGCAAAGCAAGCGAUGCACCCGUAUACCGUAUUUUUUUGCCCCAAGAAUUUGGGUAGCUGAAGAGCUCUAAUAGAUCCCAUUUCCAGGGUGCCGCGCAAGUUAGCGGAGCCAUGCUUCCCUUGCUGGUGAAUCUGCUCGCCGUGGCCUCUGCAUCGGAGUGCCCAAGCGGGGCAGAUGUCACGAGCUUGCUGAAUCAUCAGUCACUUCGUGUGGCCAAUCGCCAUUCACGCCCCUUGUGGAUGAGUGAAGUCUUCACGGACUUUACCUUGAGGGAUCUCGCGUGCCAAGGGAAGCCUUCUCAAGGCUUUACCCGUGAGUGUUGGACGUCGGCCUUUGAUCGUUUCGACCGGAACAGUGAUGGCAUCAUUUCUGCGGAGGAUGUGCAGGUGCUUGAGACGCUUGAGAGUGAGACCACCAAGAACAACUUGACACGUGCAGAUCUUCGGGCUGGCAUAGCAAUCGCGUGCCGCUGGUAUCCUGAAGAAUGCAUGCAACUCAUCGUUCAUGAGCCUUUGAUCACUGCGCUGGUCUUCGAUGAUACUGACAUCGGCGAAUUGCCACCUCGCUCCGCGAGCCCAGUGAAUGGCACCUCGCUGAUGUUGAUUGAAACAGAGAAUCCUGCGUGUGUUGGGGCCAGUGUCCAGGUGGCCGUGGGUUGUAUGGGGCUGGCCUUCGGAAUUCUUGGCAUUGAAAUACCCGGUGGAGCCCUUGUGGCUGAUAUGGUCCAGACCAACUCCAGAGCGGUGUCUUUGAUCCUUGACAUAGUGAGGCAGAUGGAUAAACUUGAUGAUUAUACCAAAGUGGCAUUAGACGUCAGGGAUAUCUUGAAGGUCCUCUAUGACGAGGGCAUUUUUUCUGCAGCUCUCAAGGAAUCCUUAAAAGACAAGAGCUGGUGGGAGUGGUCGAAGAUGAUUGCUCAGAUCAAUGCGACGGUGGCUCUUUGGUUUAUCCCUGGUGCUGGUCAGGCGGCUUUCCUCCUACAGGCGGGCCUAGCCCUUAUCGAUGCCAUGGAUGUGAUCGAUGGGUUGAAAGAUAUGAAGAAACACUGUGUGUCAAGCAAAGGAAAGGAUGGUCAAAAGGACCAGCAACCCGGUGGCAAGCCCAAGAAACCCGGUGGCAAGGCCCAAAAGGGCCAGGGCAAAGCGAAAAAAUGAGCAAGCUACUCUCGCACGAUGGGAUCAGGGCAAGGGCCCUAGAUUUUGAGUGGCCUUCAUAAGAAAGGUGCGUUUUCCAAAUUUUCUGCUGAUAGCGCAGCGCUUCACAAGCAAUUGCUCCGACAUAUAUAUAAGCGUAGCACAGAAAA